AUGUUGUCUACUAUGCAAUGGGUAGCUCUCGUGCUACUUGUCUCCUGGACAGACGCCUUCCAGCGCUCUGCUAUUCACACUCCACAUUCUCCAGUCCAUGAUCCAUCAAGCACUAGUAUCACGACAUGUACAUCUGAGCAAAUCAAUCAUUGGCCUACUUCAUCCAUCGACCCUAGUGAUACCUCCAUCGACACCACUACUGUGGUUCAGCACUAUCACUACUACCAUCAUAGUUUCAACGGUCGAAACAUACUGGUCAACGACCGCAUUCACUACCACUACUACGGUAACGAAUACAACUACGGACAUUAUCAAAGAUACUAUCACGGAUACCACUACGGAAACAACUACGGAAACAACUACCGAUACUACAACGGCUACGAGAACAAUUACCGUGCCGACGACUAUUACGGAAGCUCCAAAUCCCUGUCCAACCACUUGCAGCAUGUAUGUCUAAAAGGGUCCGUGGGAACCGUUAACUUGUUCUACUGGCCAACGAACCAGCCACACCACGUUUACCCGUCGACUUACGUCAAUUCGCAUCUCGAUUACACAUUUACCUCACCGUCAGUGUACAUGGUCGUCGACUACCUCUAUGGCUACAACACCGCUGGUCGGACCGGGCCCUCUGGCACCAGCGUAGUCUUCCCCCUUGACCUGGAUCAAGUCUCGACCAUAGAUCUCACCAACUCAGCUACGCGCCAGCUUACCCUGAACGACCUCGGUACAGACUGCCCACAAACCGAAGCUCCCAAUGUGAUCGCAACGGCAGCACCUAACGGCCGUUGUGAUCCUAUUCUUGUGGCUCCGGAGCCCGUCAAAUCAUGGGCUUCGCCUUGCAACGCAUGCGGUAACUUCGGAAUGUUCGACCCCCCAUAUGCAGUGGCUCCGCUCACUGGGGGUCUGGUGCCGGUGACAACGACUGUUGCGCCCCAGUCGGAAACGCAGACUACUCCUAGUACGAGUUCUGUCACUGAAACUACUGCUAUACCGGUGGGCUCUACAAAGGUGGCGGAUACUACGGAGUCGACUUCGUCCAGUGAGGAAGCUACUUCACCUGUUGUACAAACGGCUUCUCCUCAGACUGAGAUUACUUCUUCCAGUUCGAUCCCAAAUCUGGCGUCAUCUAGCAUUGGCCAGACUGGUGCUGCAUCAUCAUCCUUCAGUUCAGUCUCCAGUCCAGCUACUACUUCCCCGGUGUUCAAUUCUGCAACCAAAGCAAGUUGUCGUGGUGAAUCGCUGGGUUUGAGCUUGUUCGCGUUGGCAUUUUUGCUGUAA